AUGGCAACUGCUGAGAAACGAAAACGAUCUGAAGAGCCUAGCAUCUGGGAUCAUUUUAUUAAAAACCCACUUUAUGGUUCAAAACCCACUUGCAGAAAAUGUCGUCAAGUUGUCAGUUAUGGACACUCCACCUCAAAAGCAAAGUCGUGCGGAAAUGGGCCAUUAUGGAUUCAUUUGAAACAGUGUAGGCCAUCAUCUUCUACCACUCAGCCGACCCUCCAGCAAACAUUCACACAUAGUAUACCUUUGCAAAAAGACUGCACAAAGGCACAAGCAAUCACACGCGCUAUUGGAACGAUGGUAGCUGUCGAUUUAAGACCGUAUUCCAUCAUAGAGAACGAGGCUUUAGAGAGCUUUUAA